AUGCAACUUUUUGUAAAAACCCUAACUGGAAAGACAAUUACAAUUGAAAUGGAAUCGAAUGAUACUGUUGAACAUUUGAAACAAAAGAUAUUUGAUAAGGAGGGAAUUCCAUCAGAUCAACAACGAUUGAUUUAUGCAGGAAAACAAUUGGAAGAUGGAAGAACAGUUAGUGAUUACAAUCUUCAAAAGGAUUCAACUGUGCAUUUAGUGUUGAGACUGAGAGGAGGUUGUUAA